AUGGCGGACUCUAACCCUUCCAGUUACCACCGGCAGCAUGGGAAGCAGCAAUAUAAUGACGGAGGGGAUGAACCCGUUUCAGCAGUUUCGCCUGCUUCUGCUGGUCACAUUGGUGUCGUCUCACCCUUGAACAACUUCACGUCAGUCAGCCUCUUCAGCCCGGUCGGCUAUUCGCCCCUCGAUGGGGGCCACGAUCAGAGCCGGGACAUGGAGCUCCUCGAAGUCGCCCAGGGCCAUGACUCUGCUUCUGCAUCACCAAAGAUGACGCAAGUACCAGGGGAGCGCGUCGGGGCAUCGGAUUUGGGAAUCACGGUCUUUGACAACAGCAAUGUCCACCAAGUCCCCGCUGCUCACAACCCCAGCGUAGGCGGCGCGAAAUCGGUACGGGCCUUUUUUGGUGGUACACCUGGAAGCUCCGCCGCUUCGACCCCUUCCAACAUCCGAAGCAGGUCGCCGGCCUUUCCAUCAGAUAUGGGUGGAAGCGCUCAGCAGGCCGCUCAGGAAGCCGGAGAGAACCCAAACCACCAAGCGUGGUUAAUGCCCCCUGGCGAGAACUCCCCAUCCGCAACCCCAUCACAGACAAACUCGGCCCCAGGCAGCCCAAGAAAACUUGGCGCAAAAAGUCGCAAACUGAACAACAGUAGUGACGAUGAGGAGGAGUUUGAUGAUGGAAAGUUCUACAGUGGUUUCGGUGCACCCCCUGCCUGCGAUUCACGAAAGGAUAUUCAUAUCAAGAGGUCGAAUUGGCUUUCCAUCAUCAUCUACAUUCUCUCCGUUUAUUCAACAAUCAUGAGCGGACUCUGGCUCGUCACCGCCAUCCUCCAGCCCCGGUGGGGUCGUGAUAUCUCAUCCCGCAAAGGUUUGAGCCCCUCGACAGCCACAACUCUGGCUGCUCUCGCCGCCAAGUCUAUCGAAAUGAGCUUCGUCACCGUCUUCAUCUCGUUCCUCGGUCAGGUUCUGACCCGCCGUUCUCUUCUCCGCAACUCCAAGGGCAUGACUCUUGCUGAGAUUACCAUGCGCAAUUGGGUCAUCCAGCCGGGUUCUCUCAUCACUCACGGCGAGACCUUGCCCGAAGCUGGGUUGACCAUUCUCGGUCUUUUGAGUCUGACUGCUACCCUGGCCGCUACCUUCUACACCACCGCCUCUGAUGCCAUGGUCGCUCCAAAGCUCAAAUUCGGUAGCUGGGACCAGACGGUCAUGGAAGGUCACAUCAUGGCCUCCUACGGUAACGCACUAUACAUCUCGAAAACCUGCCCGUCCCUCAUUUCAAAAACCGACACACUCCACGGCUCCGAAGCUUGCAUGAACAUUCAAUCCUCCGGUCAGUCAUACCGUGACUUGCUCAACUUCAUGGAUCAAUGGCAAAACACCUACUUGGACAACAAUGUGAACGCGGCGGUCGCUCAGGUUGACCGCCCACUGGGCACUAGUCUCUAUGAAAACACGACCAUGGUCGCUUCUUGGAUCGAAACCGAUAACAGCGAUGUCGAGGCUUCGUUCAAGCAACACAACCGCAUCAUCAACAACAUCACCAUGGCCAUGCCUCAUCCAGGAGUUCAGUCUGCUGCCAAGGAGGAAUUCAACGGGAUUCUGCAGCCAGAUGAUCUUGGCGGUGUAGGAUCAUAUUCUAUCCGUGCUGGCGUCGUAUCUCCAACGGUAAAUGUUAUGUGUGUCAAUAUGAACAAGGAGGAACUGGAGCCGUUGAUUUAUACCGCUUGGCCCGACGCUCGAACUAACAGCACGGGUGUUGGCGAUCAGUUGAUUGGGGCUGUUGAUUGGACCAACGACUUCCCAAACAUCGACGACGAUAAGGAUUUCCUCAACAGAACCAAGGUGGAUGAUAUCUUCAGAUGGGGCCCCAAGUACCAGCGCCGCCCCCCGUACUUCCAACUUUAUCCCUCUGACUACAAUACCAUCACCAACUCCACGAUGAUAGGGUCCGAAGCCAUAUACCUUCUGGGUAAAAAGCCGGAUUUCUCGGACUACACUCUCUGCGAGCUUCGCUCAUGGGUAUCUCCCAAGUGCUCCACGCGCUUUGAAAUUUCUGGUACGUCGGGGGCCAGGGCAUCUUCUUACUGCGAAGACCCAGAGGAUAAAGAUAGCUUUAUGCGUUCGUACCCUGGUGAUGAGAUUGCUUCUACUCCUGCCCCCGACUGGAAAUGGGUCGCGGAUGCAUGGAGACUUUCAAUGGACGUCAGCGGCGGAGUGUACAACAACAAUGCUUCCAAUGCAAGACUGCUUACGCAGCUCGUCCUCUCUGAACCAAAGAUGCCAACCCAACUUCCCAGCAUGGCCGAGGCGCUUGCUGUGUACAUCGGCUCUACGCUUGUCACCAGCUCCAUCAAGACCCCUUUCCGCCAUUAUUGGGAUAGCCCCCAGGCCGUCCUUGAAGACCCAGGUCAGCUCCAGGCCUUCAAUGCCUCUAUUCGCUCUCAGCAAUACACAUCUGGCCACGUCAAUGACUGGCAGGCCAUCUUCUACGCUGUCCUCGCCCUCGUCUUUGCCAUCAAUCUAUUCUGUCUUCUCUACCUCUUUCUCCGCUCUGGGCUCGUCACCGACUAUACCGAACCCCAGAAUCUGUUCGCCCUCGCCAUCAACAGCCCUCCCAGCGCCCAGCUCACGGGCAGCUGCGGCGGUGGUCCCGAGAAGAGGGACGUCGUCGUCCCCUGGCGUGUUGCUUAUGCGCCCAGUGCGAACCACUACUUCUUCGAAGAGGCUGCCGACAGGCCCAAGGCGAAAUACAUCAAGGUCGACGAGGGUGUGACCACGGGGGCUAACCCUCGCCACCUUAGACCGCAGUCUAGCUACAAACGCUUGAGCUCAUCAAGGGAUUGGAAUUUCUAG